UUGUGAGAAAAGGGAAAAAAGUUCGUAGAACGCGAAAAUGGUUUCCGCCAUUUCUGAAGAUAGUGUUUCCGCUUCCGCCUCCGGUCAGUGCGUGGUCGUGAAGGAGGAGCUGCCGGCAGGCAACUACAUCCUGGUUGCCGUUGAGAUAGAUACCACUGGACGUCGUCUGAUUGAUGAGAUUGUCCAGUUGGCUGGCUACACGUCAAAGGGCAACUUCCAGCAGUACAUCAUGCCGUAUAUGAAUCUGAAUCAAGCCGCUCGUCAGCGUCAUCAAAUUCGUGUGAUUUCGAUCGGUUUCUAUCGCAUGCUAAAGUCGAUGCAGACCUACAAGAUUAUCAAGUCCAAGUCGGAGGUCGCUGCCCUCAUGGACUUUCUCAACUGGCUUGAGACGCUGCUCGCCAAGCAGCCCAACAAAGAAGGCAUCGUUAUGCUCUACCACGAUGAUCGCAAAUUCAUACCCUACAUGAUUUUGGAGGCGCUCAAGAAGUACUCCCUGAUUGAUAGAUUCAAUCGGACGGUGAAGGCUUUUGCCAACACUUGUCCUAUGGCCAAGACCUUCCUUGGCAAACAUGGUAUCAAGAACUGUGGCCUACGCAAGCUCUCGAUGCUCUUGGCCAAGUCGAAGGAUGGGAAUUCCACCAAGGAGGAUGAACACGAGAAUGCCGAAGGAAACUCCAGCAUCACCGAUAACAGCGGCCCCAAGAAUCAGAAGCAGGGCGCCUUUGAGGGGAGCGCCAAUGUGCGGGCCAAGAUGGUCUACGAAAUGGCCCUUCAGUUGACUGAAUCCGAGUCAACUGAGUCCCCCGAGUCGUUCGAGUCACCCGAAUCGUCCGAGUCCUCGGAGGCAGAGGUUAAGUUGUUGAAUGCCGUGAGACCAUUCUCCCAACUUCUCAGCUCGAUGGUCCUCGAGCUGAAAGACCAGAACCAUAGCCUGGGCCGCCAAAACUCAUUCCGUCCAGUCUUCUUGAACUAUUUCCGCACCACUCUCAACUAUCGUGUCCGUGCCGUAAAGUACCGCAUUGCGCUGGCCGAACAUGGCUUUACCCUGAAGUCUUUAAAGGCCAUUUGGUCUGAUAAGCGCAAGCCGGGCUUGGAGCUGGUUUUGACAGCGAUUGAUUCGCUGAAGACCGAGGAAACGGCCGAGCUGCUGGACCUUCUGGACAGCUACUACGACCCCAGCAAAACGACCAUCAAGCCGAGAUGCAAGCGCUCUGGCAAUGGCACUCGUCGUCGCAAUCGGGCCAAAGGUGCAGCAUCGUCGAAAAAUGGAGCCAUCGGCGCUGGUGGCGACAACUCCGUGCCGGACUCCGCCACCAAGCCGGGCGGACGUCCUCGUCGCAAACGCAACAACAUUCGGAACAACAUUCUGGGACCCCAGAACACUGAGAAAGGCUCACCAAAGGCGGAAAUGAAGACCUCGACCCCGAAGUCUACAAAUCCGCCAAAGGCGUUUGCUGACAUCUAAAGCUCCAAUGCAAGCUACAAUGCAACCAACACAGAAACAGACACUGACACCCCAUUAAAUAGAAGACAAGGAUGAAGAAUGGAACUUAGGGCAAACCCAAGCACAGACUAGAAACCAUGUCAAAAUUUUAAAUGUAAUCAAAACACAUGCACAUCAAGACCAAGAAACCAAUGUUGGUGCUGCUGUCGCAAGUGCUGAUGCUGGCUGGCGAGAAAUAUCAACACACUGGAGCACUUAGCAUGAAGAUUUAAUUGCCAAGAUGGUGGACAAAUCGAUGCGUUUAGGCAUAGUUUUCCAAAACAUACGAUACACAACUGUACACUCAAAGGGCGAUUGGAAAAAUAUGAUCCCAACAAACGCAUCGAUUUCAGAUUGGCAUUGGGCAGGCCGACACACUAAACACACUAACUAAUCCCCAAGCAACCCUGGCCCAAUGUGUCAAAUUCCACCUUAAUGCUCAAGUACACCUACAAAAAACAACACACUCUUCUGUAAACACACGAAUACAUACAUAUACCACCUGUAACAUGUCAAAAUAUCUCAAGGUGUGCUUCAUUGUUUGAAAGUUAUG